AUGGAAGCUAAUAAACUGGUCAUUGAAGCAGUUCAACCUGAUGAUCCGAAAAAAUAUUUUAUUCUAAACAUUGAUCAUGAACUUGCAAAAGAUAAACGGGACUCGACCUUGGAGCACACAGAUCGUUCAAAACUUUCAUAUGAGAAGUUUUCAAAAUACAUGGAUAGAUUUAAUGAACUUUGCUUUAUUACUACAAGAGAUGUGCAUAUGACUCAUGAAAAUAGAAUAGAAGGCCUUAAAAUUAUAAGACGUAUUAUUCAUAAAGCAUCUCCAAGUAAUCUUUCUAAUAUUCAUAUUAUUCAUAUAUUGUGGGGUUACCUUACUUGUUUGCAUCAUUUUCAGACAAGACUUAUUUUAAAAUCAGGCCCUAUUAGCUGGUUCAGGCAAAGAAAGUUUAAAAAAGUGGCAAAAUUUCUGGAUAGUAUACUAAAUUUUUUUCCAAAAGAGUAUUUUUUUAUUAUUCUUAGUUCAGUGUUAACUUUUUUUAAAGUUGGAAAAUUGUGGGAAAAUGAAGAAAUUUCUUAUUUGGCACUCUCAAAAACAUUGCUAUUUAUUGGAAAUAUUGAGGAUUCCUUUAUGUUUCUUAUACAGGCAGCAGAAGAAUGGGCUGGAAAAGACGCUAUACAAGCCAGAGAUAUAAUUGAAGUUCUAUUUGAAAUGAUGGAUUUUCUAAAAUGUAAAAGUUUACCCAAAGAUGUUAUAUUAAAAUUUAUUACAAUUUUUCAACUAAGCAUUGACCCUGAUUGUGAAGAUAAUGUAAAAUAUAUUCAUCUUAAUCAUGGAAUUCAAACUUGUAUCGGAGCUUGUAUCAAACAUUUUUCAAAUAAGGAAACAGCGAAAUUGUUAUAUACGAUUUUAAAUCAUGUGCAUACACAAGACCUCUCUGAAGACGCAAUUAUAGCAUUUGCAUCGUUAGCUGAAAAUGCAGCGUCAAGAUUAAUGUACAAUUCGCCUAUGAAAACAAGACCAAUUCCAAUUAUAACGUUAUGCUUUAAAUUUAUCAAAAGCAAGAGUUUUUUUGAAUGCAUGUUAGGCUUAGUUGUAUACCAAAACUUAUGGGACAGAUAUAAAAACAAACCCUACUUUACAACCCCUAGAAUAUUUCAAAGCGAAGAAAAUUUUAAUUUAACCUUUGCCUUGUAUGCGAGAGAAAGCGGACAGUUUUUUAAAUCUAUACGUAAUCGAUUCCAAGAAUGUUUUCUUAGUAUUAAUUUUUAG